CAUCCAUAUUCAACAAAGUAGGGUUUACAGCCUGUAUCGCUUUCUUCUUCUUCCUCUCCUCCUCUGUGCCGUUGCUUUCCCGUGACCCAUGAUGAAACCAGGCCAUUGAGAAAUUAACCAAUCCUUCACAUUUCUCAACCACAAUUUCCGAAACUUUUACAAUGGCUGUAACCGCAACAGUGCUGCUCUUCAUCUUCCACAUUUUACUCUUCUCACCGACCGGAGUUGUCACAGAUCUGACUUCCGACCGAGCUGCUCUUCUCUCCCUCCGGUCCGCCGUCGGCGGGCGUACCCUCCUCUGGCAAACUACCCAACAAAACCCUUGUAAGUGGGCCGGUGUACAAUGCGACCCCACCGUUAACCGCGUCACCGCUCUUCACCUUCCGGGUGUCUCACUCUCCGGCCAACUCCCUCUUGGCAUUUUCGGAAACUUGACUAGUCUUCGAACCGUUAGUCUCCGGUUUAACACACUCUCUGGCGCUCUUCCGGUGGACAUCUCUUCGUGUGUUCAGUUGCGGAACCUCUAUCUUCAGGGUAACCACUUCUCUGGUCCUUUGCCUCAUACUAUUUUUACCAGUUUACAAGGUCUGGUUAGGUUAAACCUUGCUGGGAAUAAUUUCUCUGGUGAGAUUUCAAAUGCUUUCAACAAUUUUACUCGGUUGAGAACCUUGUACCUUGAGAACAACAGUUUUUCUGGUGCUCUACCAGAGCUUAACAUUCCUAAAUUGGACCAGUUUAAUGUCUCGUUUAAUAACUUAAACGGUUCGGUUCCUAAAUCUUUGCGGUCGAAGCCUAAGGAAUCGUUUAUCGGAAAUGCCCUAUGUGGUUCUCCUCUUGAGAAGUUGUGCCCUGUUCCUCCGGCGGUUUCGGUAGAUUUUAAUAGAAAUAGGAAGAAGAAAAGUGGUUUGUCUGGUGGCGCAAUUGCCGGAAUAGUAAUUGGCUCCUUAGUCGGACUGCUUGUUUUGCUUCUACUACUGUUUUUAGUUUGUAGGAAGAGAACCACUAAGAAAACAAGCUCAAUCGGCAUUGGUGCAACGAAGCUUGCUGAAGAAGAGGGGUUAGGGGAAAAGCCGUUGACAGGGUCUGGAACCGGUAGCAAUGGAUUCUCUGUUGCUGCAGCGGCUGCGGCGGCGAUGACAACACCUUCCACGAAUGUCGCUGGUAACAAGAAGCUUGUGUUCUUCAGGACCUCGUCUAGUAUAUUUGAUUUGGAGGAUUUGCUACGAGCUUCGGCGGAGGUUUUGGGAAAAGGGACGUUUGGGACUGCGUACAAGGCAGUGUUGGAGGGCGGGAUGAUGGUGGCCGUGAAGAGAUUGAAGGAUGUUACAGUGUCGGAGCCUGAGUUUAGGGAGAAGAUUGAAUUUGUGGGUGCAAUGGAUCAUCAGAAUCUAGUUCCACUGAGAGCUUAUUAUUACAACAAAGAAGAGAAGCUGCUUGUCUACGAUUAUAUGCCAAUGGGAAGCCUUUCUGCACUUCUUCAUGGGAACAAAGGAGGUGGCAGGACACCAUUGAGCUGGGAAAUCCGGUCAGCCAUUGCUCUUGGAGUUGCCCGUGGCAUCGAGUAUUUACACAGUCAUGGUGACGAUGCCUCUCAUGGGAACAUCAAAUCAUCAAAUGUACUCCUGACCAAAUCUUUAGAGGCUUGUAUUUCUGAUUUUGGUUUAGCCCCUCUUGUGGGCCUGCCCUCAACCCCGAAUCGGGUGGCUGGAUAUCGUGCACCAGAAGUCACCGACCCACGCAGAGUCUCCCAAAAGGCUGAUGUUUAUAGCUUUGGGGUGUUGAUAUUGGAGCUUCUGACAGGAAAGGCCCCGACUCAUGCCCUUCUAAACGAAGAAGGGGUUGACCUCCCGAGAUGGGUGCAGUCAACAGUGAAAGAAGAGUGGACUUCUGAAGUAUUUGAUCUUGAGCUACUAAGGUACCAGAAUGUAGAGGAGGAAAUGGUGCAACUUUUGCAGCUGGCUAUAGAUUGUGCAGCUCAGUACCCUGACAACCGACCCACAAUGUCAGAGGUCACCAGGCGGAUUGAGGAGCUGCGUGGCGCUUCCCUAAUGAGAGGGACGGAUAGCGGUUCGAACCCGGAUCAUGUUCAUGGGCUAGAGUCGGAGUGAGAAGGAAAGAAAUUGUAGUUGGAUUAAUGUGUUAGUUUGUAUUUGCAGACAUCAUGGUGUUGUAAUUAUGAUUGCUUUGUUUUAGCUUUUGUUUUCAGAAGACCUUGUGGUAAGUGGAUAUGAGAUCUUAGGUUUGAUUUAUGUUGGUGUUAAUGGUCUCGUCCAGUUAUGUUAUGUUAUGUUGUUGAGCUAGAAAAACCUAGAAUUUGUAUGGACCAAGACAAAAGUGUUUUAUGUGGAAAUAAUGAUGUGUUGUACCA